AAGUCUCGCGAGGAUUUCCACAAAAUCUUUUCGCGGGGAAAUCGUGUGUGUAAAUAAUAAUAAUAAUAAUAAUAAUAAUAAAUACACGAUGGGAUCGGAUGUAGCAGAGCUGUUUCCUGAGAUUGAGAAACUUCGUGUUCAGCUGCUGCACAACGUGGAAGUCACGGCAGACUUCCGGCGUGUUGAAGAAGAAAUCAGCCACCAGGAAGUUUUGACCCGCAUUGAAAAUAUAAUCUUAGGUAUAGUGACCAGUCUGUCCAAAGAUGAGGCCCCUGUCCUGACGCUGCCCAACAGAUCCAGCUGGGCCAACGUUAGUUUUGACAGCGCCAUCGGCCUUCAGAUGAGUUCAGGAAGCGAUGUCACCGCCGUUAGGAGCGACUGUGCCUCGUCUGUCACUAAAUUCGCGCAAAUUCUCAAGAUUCUCUCAGUCAUCUACAGACUGGUGCAGAGCAACUCGUACGCUACGAAAAGAGACAUUUAUUAUAACAAUACACAGCUGUUUGGUUCACAAAAUACUGUUGAUCAUAUAGUGGACGAUAUCUCCUGCAUGCUAAAGGUUCCUCGCAGAUCCCUACAUGUGUUGGCCACGUCCAAGGGAUUAAUCUCAGGUGAUCUCUGUUACAUGGAGGAGGACGGCACAAGGAUCGACUGCCGCUCCAGCUCUGCUGCUGUUGCAGUUUCACCGAACAUUGGUGGGAUUAGAAAUAUCGUCUCAUCUGCAAAAUUUGUCCUGAUCGUUGAGAAGGAUGCAACGUUCCAGAGACUGCUAGAUGACGAUUUCUGCUCUAAACUCUCCCCUUGCAUCAUAAUCACUGCUAAAGGCGUGCCAGAUGUGAACAGCAGGCUGAUGGUGAGAAAGCUUUGGGACACGCUGCACAUCCCCAUCUUCGCUCUGGUGGAUGCCGACCCUCAUGGGAUUGAGAUCAUGUGUAUCUACAAGUACGGAUCAGUGGCCAUGUCGUUUGAGGCCCACAGCCUGACCGUCCCCAGCGUUAUGUGGCUGGGCCUCCUCCCCUCUGACCUCCGGAGGUUGCGGGUUCCGGAGGAUGCCCUGAUCCCGCUCACCAAGACGGAUGAGAACAAACUCAACAGCCUCCUCCAAAGGCCGUACUUAAGCAGCCAACCAGACUGGCAGAAAGAGAUGGAACUGAUGCAGCAGAGUAAGGUCAAGGCUGAAAUACAGUCCCUGGCAGCCAUUGCUCCUGAUUUCCUCACCAGCAUCUACCUGCCCAAUAAGCUGCGAUACGGGGGCUGGAUAUGAGCACAAUGCUGCCACUUAGUGGAAUAACGAGUGAACUGCUGAAAGUGGUUGCAAAACUUAAGAAAGGUCGUCUAUGCACCUACGCUGCCUGAUCUUGUCAGACAGAUGAAAUCUGAAGUUAAGUUGGUUAAGUUCAUAACACUUUCAUAUUUAUUAGUGACACGCUGUAUGUGUGUGUUUAUGUUAUUGUUUCAUCAUUAAAAACCCAGUAAUCUA